AUGACUCCGUUCCACUGGGAGCGAGCAUUGGUUGGAAUUACCUGUUGUGUAGUGACCGUGACCCUCUGGGCAUUGUGUAUUUGGCAGGUUGUCCUUAGGUUUAAAACAGACACUACAGAAUCUGUGGUACCUCCAUGCUUCUGCCUCAACGGUGGCAUCUGUCGGGAUGGAGCCUGUGUGUGCCCAGACAAGUGGGUGGGAUCUCGUUGUGAAAUAGUUAAUUUCUGUGAAGCCAGUACUUACACACUGAAUAUUUCUGGAAGUGUUAUACAAACCCUUACUUUUGGAGAGAUUAUAGUGGGUAGAUAUGGCAACUCUGAAGAGAAAUGCGAACCUGAUACUGUGAAUGGUAACAUUUCCAUAGCCAUCCGGCUGUGCUCCAGAGAAGGGACAACCCCUACUUUACAGCCCCCUCAAAUUCUCAACUGUAACGAAAAUCUCGACUCUCUAGCAUCACAGGUUGAAACUGCAGACUCCAGCAAUGUUUCAGCUAUUGCAAGUAACACCCAAAUCCUCACCUCCAGGCCAGACCAACUGAACACACAGAACAUCUCUGCUGCUGCAAACAUCGCAGUGCAGAUCAUAAAUAAGCCAAGUGUUUCAGAAGAUACUCAGACAUCUGUGGCAGUAAUGGCUACAGUGAGUCAACUGUUGGAUGCCAAUGAAACAGAAUUCAACAACAAUGAUCUUCUCAAUGUUACAACCAGCCUCACAAAAACAAUGGAGGAAUUUUGUUUGACAGUUAACAUCUCGCAGCCCAAUGUUGCAAUUCAGUCUGCCCCACUGAAAUCAAAUUUCUCUACAAUUCUGUUUUCAGCACAGAGAGAUACCUCACUGGGAUAUUAUCAGUCAACAAAACUUGAAAUAAAGGAAAAUGCCCCUGGGCUUAUUGAUGACCUCAGUACUGAAGUUCAGAUACUGCUCAACAUUUCAAAUAACAGUUUAUCAGACAAUGGAAGAGUUGGCUUUAUCCUGUAUCAAAAUGACAAAUUCUUCCAGUCAAGGAUUUAUCAGAGUCACAGUAGCGUCUCUAAACAAAUUGUCUCUGGUAACAUUGAUGGUGGAAGAACAAGCAGUGUUGAAAUAGCCUUCAGUCCCAAGUACAACACGUCUGAACUGAAACUGCACGAUCAUGCCUGUGUCUUUUGGGACUAUGCUGUCAAUGACUGGAGCACCGCUGGCUGUGCCAAAGGAAGAGACCAGUUCUUGAGAUGCAGGUGUAAUCACACUACUAACUUUGCUGUCCUGAUGGCCUUUCAGAUCAAAUAUAAAUAUGCAAAACCUUUGGAGUAUAUUUCUUACAUUGGUGUUGGAUUGUCCAUGGCUGGUCUGCUCCUUACCAUUUUGUUUCAAAUAUUGACUAGGAGAACUCGAAGGUCGUCUGUAACGUUGACAUUAGUGAGUCUCUGUUCCUCUAUGCUUAUUUUUAACAUCAUCUUCAUCUCUGGAAUUGAAAACCAAAAUGCCAGGAAUCAGAACAGCAAUACCAGCAGCUACUACCAGAACUACCUUCCUUACGAUGCCACCAGUAACACCUUACUGACAUCUGACAUAGUAGGUCCUCCUGCAGACUCAUGGUGUACAGCUGUGGCUGCUCUACUGCACUAUUUUUUGUUGGCAACAUUUAUGUGGACAGCACUCAAUUCUGCACAGCUGUACUUCCUGUUGCUUAGAACCAUGAAGCCCCUGCCUGGACACUUCCUUGCAACCGUGUCAAUAAUUGGAUGGGGAAUCCCUGCUCUAGUAGUCGCAGUAACACUUGGAGCUACUUACAGAGAAGGAAAAGCUUUAAAUUACCGCCAGGAAGAAUUUUGCUGGUUGGCAGCACUGGAUCAAAAUCGGAAUUUCAGUAUGCAAAAGCCCAUGUUGUGGUCAUUCCUCUUGCCAGUCACGUUCAUACUCCUGUUUAACAUCAUUGUCUUCAUCAAGAUCAGUGUCUCUGUGAUAUGGAAGAAGAAUGAGAAUUUGACAAGGAACAAAAGUGAUUCAUUUAUGAAAAAGGCAAUUGGCACUAUCUCUAUCGUGGUAGUGCUUGGAAUCACCUGGACAGUAGGCUACCUCAUGUUAGUCAAUCAUGAAGAAACAAGUCUUGUUUUCAGCUAUCUGUUCUGCAUUUUGAAUGCUACCCAGGGACUUCAGAUUUGUAUUCUGUACACUUUCAGAUCACCAAUCUUCAAGAAAAACGUUUCCAAAGUGUUUCCUGUUUUCCAUGUGCCAGAGGUACCACUGUAUCUGCAUUCAAAAACGUACUAUGUAUCAAAAUCAAAGGUUGAAAAACAUUUACAAGAAACUUUCAGAUCAACCCAGACUGUUCCAAAGAAUAUUUCCUUGUCUACCAUCUAA